UAAUGAAUACAAAUCACAUAUUCUCAAAGAGUAUUAACAUUAUAAGAGAUCAUUAAUAAGAAUAUAAGCCAUCUUAAUAAUCAGGUCAGAAAUAAUAGAAUAGAAAGGAAUCUGAGGAAGAAAAUGACAAUGUGCAUUCUACUUAAAUUUAGAGAAAGGCUAUUUAAAAAAAAGUAAUAAUGAUUUAAAAUACUGGUCAAUCGGGAAGAGUUUAAACUUAGUAAAUAAACAAAAAGAAAGGAAUUCUAAACAUUACUAAAAAGGAUGGUGAGAUAUAUAAGUUUUAUGGAUAGAAUAAUAAGUAAAACAAAAUGGUUCAUAUUCAAUAUUUAUCAGAAAUUUGAAAGAAAAUACUAACUAAAAUGAUCUUAGGGAAUUAAUAGAUGAUGAUACCAAUAUUUUAGGAAUUAGUGUAAACGAUAAUUUUAAUGUUAGAUAAAUAAUAAAUAAGCGACAAUUACUUUUUCAAAUUAAACAUCUGCUGAGAAUGCAAUAGGUAAUAUAAUAUGAUUAUUUAAAUUUAGAAUUUAUUAAUAAUAGGAAUUAAGAGAUGAGAGCAGUACCUAAUUUUAAAUAAAAUGAUAAAGUAAUAGUGAUUGGACAAUAUUCUGAGAGAAAUAGAGAUGGUAAAUUAAGAAUGGAUGCAAAAGAGUCUAUAUUUGAUCGUAUACAGAUAAAAAAAUGAU